UGUCCCUCCGCGGGGCCUUCCCGGAAUGUUCGCAUGUCCCUCCCGGGCGGCUUCUAUCCGCUGCCGUUUCAAUUCAGAACGCGUUCAGACAUUGUGCCUUUCAUUUGCAUGUUCUGAUACAUGUUUUUGGUACGCCUUUUCUCCAUCAUCGAGAGGCUUCUGCUUACGCCGCCAGGGUCCAUCGACCUCGGUAGGGGAGCUUCGGCUCCCACGGACUCGCACGCCACUGCGCUUCGGUGGAAGAGGACUCCAACGGUUCAUUGUCGGUGACUAGACAUAAAUUGUUUCUUCUUCUGGGGACUCCGUCGGUGACUGGGCGGAGAUUGCUUCCUUCAACAUUCAUUGUUUGUGAUUGGACACAGAUCGUUUCUCCACUUCAUGGUAGACAAAGUGAUGCAGAUUCCGAGUACGUUGGGGCCCAGGCAGCUGGGUUUGGCAGCGCGGCGGACCAGACGAGCAUGCACGGCGAAAGUACCGCCAGCCUGUGACUCCAGAUGGCAACGGUUCUACCCCUUGAAGAACUGGGCUCGCAACGUGUCUUGGUGGGCCUCGGCGCGUGAGCUGCCCGACACGGCUCAAGGUGCAGCGGUGAUACUACGAUUCGAAGGGGUGGCCAGGGAGUUGCGCAGCACUUUGGACCCUCAGACAGUGCGCGAUGGUGGUACGAGAGACUUGCAGGACGGGGUCGGAAUGAGACAGUUUUCAGGGCUGGCGAUUCUAUUUCGAGGACUGCAGCGACAGGUCGCGCCGUUGGACGCGGAGACAUCGACACCGUCGAUCGCCGAAUUGAUGAGCGUCCGGAGGAUGCCUGGCGAGGACGUCGACACCACACUGGGGCGUUCCUCAAGCUUGCAGUUCAGAGCGGCGGCGGGCGGCAACCUGGUUUGGGGGCCGAGUGGUUUCGCCUGGCUACUGCUGAGCGGACUUCGGGUACCACCGUCGGAGUGGGUCAAUAUGCUGGUGGGCUUCCGCAGCGAUCUACCAGAUAAGGAAGCGCAGUUCAACCAGCUGCUGUCGUUGAUCCGACGCGCAGGACACGUGCGCCAACGCGGCCGCAUCGCAACCGCGGCGAUGGCAGGCGGCCACGGAGGAGGUCGCGGACUACCAGCAGCACCACGCGGACAUGGUCAAGGUCAGGUCUUCUUUUCUGCGUCGGCCGUCGGACCUGGCCAAGCCUGGGAUCAGGCCGACGGUUGGACUGGAGGUGCGCUGACAAUUCGUGGCAUGCCGGCGAUGGCGUGCCCCACUGAAGCGGAAACUUCGCCAAUGGGCAUGCAGGGCACGCGCGCGACCCGCGACGACGGCGACGACCGCGACGGCGAUUGCAGCAGCAGCGCCGCCGGCGGGGAUGGAGUACCACAGCACGACAUGGACUCUUACCUCAGUAGCACCGGCGUCAGCAAUCCAGGUGGACACGCUGUGGCACGAGUACGUUGCGGCACGACGACGGUGGCGCACGUUCACGAAGAAGCACACAAGGUUCGACCGCAGGACACAGACAGCACAAAAAGACAUGGCCGAGGACGACAUCGGCAUGGAGACGGACAUGCUCACGACGGCAAUGGCUUCGCGUGGCAUGGAGACGGACAUGCCACGACGACAACGUGCAAAUUGCGGCACUCACACUUGCAUCUGGUUGGGUCCUUCGUCAGGCUACUUUGAAUUUGACGGUUGUGCUCUAGAGCUCGCACUCAGGCUCACCAGCCCUCAGAUUGACCCAUACGCAAGUUUUGCAUCACUUUCGAAGUCAGACUCACCCAACUCAGAAUUACUCGCGCCCAGACCCGCUCGCACUUAGACCUUGCUCGCACUCAGGCUCACUCAUGUUCAACCCAUUCGUACUCACACCGAUUCUACCCAGAUUCAUUCAUGCACAUUCGCGCUCGACCACUGCCGGGCCCACUCACACUCCGAGUUGCGCACGGUCUGAUCACCCAUGUUCGUAUUCGCGCGCGCCAGAGAUCACACACACACACGCACAUGGCUGCCGCGAUCCAGCCGGCGUGGCACUUGUGCACCCCGAGUGCCUGCAGGCGCCGCGAGUAGCACGCCAGAGAGCGGGCGUAGCAACGCCAUGCGCGCUUGCCGGAGUUGCCGCGGG